CACUGCUUGUUCUCUGAUCUGCCCAUUAUCCUCUGCAUCCACUACUCAACUCUCUCUCUCUCUCUCUCUCUCUCUAGCUUUGCACUACAUAGAAUGACUAUGGGAUCCACAUCGAGUGAUCAGCAACAGAAACAGCUAUUAUCUAAGAUUGCAACAAACCAUGGACAUGGCGAAGACUCUUCAUAUUUUGAUGGAUGGAAAGCCUACGACAACAACCCUUUCCACCCAAUCCAAAACCCAAAUGGAGUUAUCCAGAUGGGUCUUGCAGAAAAUCAGCUUGGCUUCGACUUGAUUGAAGAUUGGAUGAGAAGAAACCCACAAGCAUCUAUUUGCACAGCAGAAGGAGUCAAAGAAUUUAAGGAUACUGCCAUCUUUCAGGACUACCAUGGCUUGCUGGCCUUUAGACAAGCUGUGGCGAAGUUUAUGGGGAAAGUAAGAGGAGUGACAUUCGACGCCAAUCGCAUAGUAAUGGGAGGUGGAUCCACUGGAGCUAACGAGAUGCUCACCUUUUGUUUGGCUGACCCUGGAGAUGCCUUCCUCAUCCCCUCACCUUAUUACCCAGCGUUUGAUCGAGAUUUGAGAUGGAGAACAGGAGUGCAACUACUUCCAGUCGUUUGUGAAAGCUCUAAUGAUUUCAAGAUCACCAAAGAUGCCUUGGAGGUAGCAUAUCAGAAAGCCCAAGAAGCCAACAUCAACGUAAAGGGCGUCAUGAUCACCAAUCCAUCAAACCCCUUAGGGACCAUCUUGGACAGAGAGACACUGCAAUCCAUAGUAAGCUUCAUCAAUGAGAAGAACAUCCACCUAGUCUGCGAUGAGAUAUACGCAGCCACUGUCUUCGAUGAACCCAAAUUCAUAAGCAUCGCAGAGAUAAUAGAGGGAGACGAUACCUGCAAUAGAGAUCUGAUCCACAUCGCGUAUAGCCUCUCAAAGGAUAUGGGUUUCCCAGGCUUCAGGGUCGGCAUAGUUUACUCAUACAAUGAUGAGGUCGUGAACUGUGCUCGAAAGAUGUCAAGCUUUGGAUUAGUCUCCACACAGACACAACACAUGAUCGCAUCUCUGUUAUCAGAUGAUAUGUUCGUAGAAAGGUUCAUAACUGAGAAUGCAAAUAGGCUAGCAAAAAGGUAUAAGAUCAUUACAGGGGAGCUUCGUAAAGUAGGCAUUGGAUGCUUAAAGAGCAAUGCUGGUCUCUUUUGUUGGAUGGACUUAAGGAAACUACUGAAAGAACCAACAGUAGAAGCAGAGAUGGAGUUAUGGAGAGUGAUUAUUCAUGAUGUUAAGCUCAAUGUCUCUGCAGGUUCUUCUUUUCAUUGCUCAGAGCCUGGUUGGUUCAGGGUUUGUUUUGCAAACAUGGAUGAUGAGACCAUGAAAGUAGCUCUUAAGAGAAUACAGAAUUUUGCUAUUAGGCGCAAACCUUUCAGGAGCAAUCUUCGAUUAAGCUUCUCAGCACGAAGGAUGGACGAAGCUAUCAUGUCUCCAUGCAUCAUGUCACCUCGUUCGCCUCUUGUUAGUGCCAGGACAUGAAAAGUAUAUAUGUAGAAUCUUACACAUUCUUUCAAUUUGGAGAUUGAUUGUUUACUUUUUCAUGGAAGACUCCCAAAUCACAAUUUUGAUUUGGGCUCUCUACAUUUCACAAUUUGUAACCUAUUUUAUAAUACCUUGUUCCCUUAUUUUUCAAUAAGAUAAUACCCUUGAGAAUAAGACCUUGGAUGUCAGAGAUAAGUGAGAGAAGAAAAG